AUGUUAUCUUUCAUUAGUAUUUAUUUAAUUCUUUCAUUUUACCUCUUCAUUCUUUUAUUGUUUUUCAGGUUAUUUAUUUUAUAUUUUUAUUUAUUGAUAUUAAAUAUUAACAUUUUGUUUUUUUAUUUAAUCAAUUUUCAUGUACUUAUUCUAGUAAUUUAUACAUUUUAUUUAAUCAGCUAUUCUGGUUCUACAAGAUUAUACUCUAUUUUCAGUUAUUAUUUAAUAAUCCAUCAUCUAGUUCUUUUUUUUCUAUUGUAUAGUGUUAUUAGCAUAUUAUUUUUAUUUCAUAUCUUUAAUGUUAAAGUGAUAUUUACAAUUGUAGUAAUUAACAAGACAAACACAAAAUAG